AUGUUUCACAAUUUUACUCUUGUUGUUAUGGACAUUUUGGGAAAUGUUUUUGCCUUCAUAGCUCCGCUGUGGAUUGCGGUUAUCUUCGGUGUUGUUGUUGGUUGGGCUUGGAAACCGAAAUGGGCUAUUGAACCGAAUAGCUACGAUUGGAGUACUUUCUUCAAGUUUCGGGUUCCUUGGAGUAAUGACUCGGAGCUUCUAAAUCAACCCAACAGUUCUGGUGGUUCUUCGGAGAGUGAAAAGGGAUUGAGGUGUUUAGUGACGGAAGGUGAUUUGCAGAAUUUGUGUAAGUUGGUUGAGGAGAAAGAUGGUGGACCUGCUUGGAUUCAGAUGAUGGAUCGUUCUACUCCUACCAUGAGUUAUCAAGCUUGGCGGAGGGACCCUGAGAGUGGACCGCCACAGUAUCGCAGUAGAACGACGUUUGAAGAUUCGACUCCUGAAAUGGUUAGGGAUUUUUUUUGGGAUGAUGAGUAUCGACUGGGGUGGGAUGAUAUGCUUAUACAUGCUUCAACUAUUCAAGAGUGCGAGGUCACUGGAACAAUGAUUGUGCAGUGGGUGCGCAAGUUUCCCUUCUUUUGCAGUGAUAGAGAAUAUAUCAUAGGUCGUCGAAUUUGGAAUGCAGAGCGAACUUACUACUGUGUCACUAAGGGAGUACCUUGUUCCUCUAUGCCAAGGCAGAACAAACCUAAAAGAGUGGAUCUUUAUUAUUCAAGCUAUUGUAUUCGUGCAGUUAAAUCAAGAAAAGAUGACCAGCGGACUUCAUGUGAAAUUUUAUUGUUUCACCAUGAAGAUAUGGGCAUACCCUGGGAAAUUGCUAAACUUGGAGUUCGUCAGGGUAUGUGGGGAGCUGUCCAGAAGUUUGAUCCCGGACUACGUGCGUAUAAGAAAGAAAGGGAUUCCGGUGCUCCAUUGUCGCGAAGUGCUAAAAACGCCAAAGUCCACACCAAAGUAACUACCGACUAUGUGAGAUCUUUGGAAGACUCAACCAGUAACUUAUUGGAGAUUGAAAAUCAGGAUUCUUCCGACAAACCAACAGGGAGAAACAUACCUAAGCUUCUAAUUGUUGGCGGAGCCAUUGCCCUUGCCUGCACCCUUGAUCAAGGGCUAGUGACUAAGGCAGUUAUAUUUGGAAUAGCAAGAAGGUUUGGAAAAUUCGGAAGGAGGUUGUGA